AUUUCCUUGCACAACUGUAUUCAAACGGGCACGCGCGCUCUAAGGAUAAUACAAGAGGGUACAGGGGUAAGUCGAACAGGGAGAAAGGGAGGGUGCAGCCGUGACCGAAUGACACCAGCUAUGUUACAAGCCAGCUAAAUGACUACGAGGUGGAUGCCUAAUCGUCGAAAAAGCUGACCUGUGUGUCUAUUUUAAAGUUUUGAGACAUGUUCAAGAGCAUACGACUGGUAAGACUCCCUGAAAUGCAACGGAUGCUGGAAAGAAACUUUGUCAAAACACAGAAGGCUUUGACCAGCUUCUGUUAACGGAGCGCACUGAUUCAGUUGCACUAGGCUAGCUAGGUAGUAACUUUGCUAGCUACCUAGCUAGAUAAAUGGCGAAGUAAACUCAAGAUAGCUAGCUAGCUAAGGUACAAGUGGACUGCAAGUCCAGCUGACGCUGGGAGAGAAAACAAAGCUAUGCUGACAAAUAUGUUGCCGCGUGAAAUUUUGCUUUAACACUAUAGUUUAAAUAGUGCAAACUUAGCAGCUGGACUGACAUUUAUCAUGACGACUUAAAACGUAGGUCCCGUGUACUUGCUAUUGCAAGUAUCACCUAGGAAGCUAUCUAGCUAACGGGCUCACUACAAGUAGUUAGCUGUUACACUGAGAGGGGAACGUUAGCUGCUGAAGUGGAGAGAUUGUUUCGGAGUUGUUUAAAAGUUGUCAGAGUUUAGGGAGAAAGUACUGUGAGUGGUAGAGAGGAGGGACCGGUUCCCCCAAUUAAAAUAACUAACUUCUUGAAACGUUUUGACGAAAGAAAAUGAUGGCAACAGAGGACUGUGGCGAGGAGACGGACCCUGCUUCGCUGGUGACACAGAUAGAUGGCGCAGGAGUAUUGGACACAGCCCGAUUUGCGUUUUGUCCAAAGCCGAGGAUGCGGAUGCCGGAGACGGGCCCGACCUUAGCUAUGGACACUAACCGCACCUUGGGGUCACCAGAAGUGUCCCAUCGGAUGUCGUUAGACUGGUCACUUGGGGUGGAAUCGAAACCGGGAACAGUAUCACAGAUUAAUAAAGAUGGGAACAGGGUGGCAGAGUUCCCAUCGGAGGGAAUUGGUGGUCAGAUAUUACCCAACACCGCAAGUCCGGAUGGGAGCGCUGCCCUUCCCCUGGUGCCACCGCCCCGCACUUGUGGGAUAUUGGGAACGGUGGAUGAAGGCGAUGGACUGGACUGCCAGGAAUACGAAGAAGAGGAAGUUGUCUUCUCCCUCACCGCCCCUCCACUUAAUCAGUGGUAUCAUGGGAAACUGGAUCGGACCAUGGCUGAGGAGCGGUUGCAGCAGGCCAGGAACCCUGGCAGCUAUCUCAUCAGGGAGAGCGACCGGCGGCCUGGCUCCUUUGUGCUCUCCUUCCUCAGCAUGACCAAUGUGGUGAACCACUUCAGGAUUAUUGCCAUGUGUGGAGACUAUUAUAUAGGAGGCAGACGGUUCUCCUCCCUGUCCGACCUGAUUGGCUAUUACAGCUACGUUUCCUGUUUGCUUAAAGGAGAGAACCUCUUAUAUCCAGUGGCGCCUCCAGAGCCAGUGGAGCAUCGCAGAAGAGUGCGAGCAAUAUUGCCAUACACCAAAGUGCCUGAAACUCCAGAAAUCAGUUUCCUGAAAGGGGACAUGUUUAUCGUUCACAAUGAACUGGAAGACGGUUGGAUGUGGGUGACUAAUGUCCGCACAGAUGAGCAGGGGCUGAUUGUGGAAGAUCUAGUGGAGGAAGUGGCAAAAGAAGAGGAUCCACAUGAAGGAAAAGUUUGGUAUCACGGCAAGAUCAACAAGCAAGAAGCCUACAACCUACUUAUGAAUGUUGGGCAGGUGUGCAGCUUUUUAGUGCGGCCUUCAGACAGCACCCCAGGGGACUAUUCUCUCUUCUUCCGAACCAAUGAGAGCAUUCAGCGCUUCAAGAUCUGCCCCACGCCCAGCAACCAGUUUAUGAUGGGUGGAAGAUAUUACAGCAGUAUUGACGCAAUCAUUGACCACUACAAAAGGGAGCAAAUUGUGGAGGGCUACUACCUGAGAGAGCCUGUGUCUGUCCAGCACCAACAGCAUUUGCUCUCUGAUAUCAUGGAUGGCAAAGAGAUCUACAACACGAUCCGCAGAAAGACAAAAGAUGCCUUCUACAAGAACAUUGUGAAGAAAGGAUAUCUCCUCUUCAACAAAGGCAAAGGAAAGCAGCGGUGGAAGAACCUCUACUUCAUCCUGGAGGGGAACGACUCCCAGCUCAUCUACUUUGAGAGUGAGAAGCGUGCCACUAAGCCCAAAGGGCUGAUUGACCUCAGCGUGUGCUCCGUUUAUAAUGUCCAUGACAGUAUGUUUGGCAGGCCAAACUGUUUCCAGUUGGUGGACCAGCACUUUAGUGAAGAGCAGUACAUCUUCUACUUUGCAGGAGAGACUCCAGAGCAAGCACAGGACUGGAUGAAGUGUUUGCAAACCUUCUGCAACAACCUCAAAAAACCUGCUCAGCCCUCCUCUAACAAACGCCUACGUCAGGUCAGCAGCUUGCUCCUGAACGUUGAGGAGGCUCAUAAAUUACCCAGCAAGCAUUUCAACAACGCUUACUGCAACAUUUGCCUGAACAGCGUCCAGGUGGCCAAGACCCAUCCUCGAGAGGGCCUGAACCCUGUGUGGACUGAGGAGUUUCUCUUUGAUGACCUCUCAAGUGACAUCAACAGAUUUGAGAUCAGUUUGAGCAACAAGACCAAGAAGAGCAAGGAGAAUGAUAUCUUGUUCAUGGUCUGCCAGCUGUGCCAUCUGCAGCGGGGUAAGAUGAUUGAUGAGUGGUUCCACCUGAGCUCGCACGUGGCUCUGAAGACGGGCACGGAGACCGGCUCGCUCAGGGUCCGCGCCCGCUACUCCAUGGAGAAGAUCAUGCCCGAGGAAGAGUACAAUAACUUCAAAGAGCUGAUUCUGUUGAAAGAGUUCCAUUUGAUCAACGCACUGGCCCACGUGUGUGGGCAGGACCGCACGCUCCUGGCCAGCAUCCUGCUGCGCAUCUUCAGACACGAGAAGAUGGAGGCUCCUCUACUCCGGGCGCUCAAUGACAAGGAGAUCAGCUUGGAAGAUGAAGCCUCCACACUGUUUCGUGCCACAACACUGGCGAGCACACUUAUGGAUCAAUAUAUGAAGGCCACGGCCACUGCAUUUGUGCACCAUGCACUCAAAAACACCAUCCUAAAGAUUAUGGACUGCAAACAGUCCUGUGAGCUAAAUCCCUCAAAGAUGGAGAAGAAUGAUGAUGUUAAUGUGAAUUUGACCCACCUCUUGAGUCUUGUGUCUGAAUUGGUGGAGAAGAUUUUUAUGGCUGCUGAGAUUCUUCCUCCGACCCUGAGGUUCAUUUAUGGGUGUUUACAAAAAUCUGUUCAACAGAAAUGGCCACUGAAUGUCACAAUGAGAACAAGAGUUGUGAGUGGGUUUGUCUUCCUGAGGCUGAUCUGUCCUGCUAUUGUCAACCCUAGAAUAUUUAACAUAAUCACUGAUCCUCCCUCACCUACUGCCUCACGGACCCUCACUCUGGUAGCCAAAGCUGUGCAGAGCCUGGCCAAUCUGGUCGAGUUUGGAACCAAGGAGCCAUAUAUGGAGGGUGUGAACCUUUUCAUCAAGAGCAACAAGGACAGAAUGAUUAUGUUUCUGGAUGAGCUUGGGAAUGUUCCUGAGCUACCUGACACUACAGAGCACUUUACGACAGACUUGCCGCGGGACCUGGCUGCACUGCAUCAGCUGUGUGUCAGCCACUCCGACGAGCUGCGCACCCUCAGCAACGAACGUGGAGUCCAACAGCACAUCUUGAAAAAGCUUCUGGCAAUCACUGAGCUUCUUCAACAAAGACAAGAUCACUACGCACCUUCCAACAGCAGCAGAUAGGAGGCGCCAUUGUCUCUUCCACACCACUUGACCAAACUGUCCCGUUAUCCAAUAGAACUGUCUCACGCAGACACUAUGCAAAAGCGAUAGCAGGGGAGCAGAAAGGGUCUUGCUACUAGUUUCCGUUGUGACUGUUAAGCCAUGGGUACACACAUCUCAAAGAUAUCUAUUUCCAAAGUGUAUCCUGGUCCAUGUUUGAUAUUUGAAGUGUGGUCAAAGACAGGCCAUGGGCCCCAAUGCUUUAUGUAUGACAUAUGACUGAUUCCUGAUUAUGACAAUGUAUACACAAGUGCCGAGACCAGCUCUUAAUUAACUAUGUUAUUUUGUGUUUUAUAUCUGUUUUAUAGAGGAAGGGUAUAUUGCAAAAGAAGGCAUUUUGUAUCAAAACAAUUCUCCUGUUGUAAUCAAGAUAUCAAACUAGAUGAACUGUUAAAGACCUAAGAUUUUUGAAGAUUUUUUUAAAUACUUAUUUCAAUUAUGUUUUUGAGUCUUCUACAAAUUUGAAUUCUCUCAUAUGAUGACGUAUAAUGACAGGAAGCCUAAGCACAAAGAUACAGAACUCCUUGAAAUGCACAGUAUGACAGAAAUGAAAUGUCUUCUAUCAGGAAUGCAUGCACCCAUUCUGCUUUUUGUAAAAUAUUCUAUGAUCUUUUUUGUAAUGUAUUUGGAAAUAAAUCUGAGUGCAAUCUUUUUCAAUCAAA